GAUGUGAAGGGUGCGGACCUUUUUUCCCCAUCCCCGCCACAGCCGCAGACUACUUUGAGUUCCUGAGGAUUUUGAGGUUGAAGUAGGCAUACGAGUAGGCUACCGGUAGUCGGUACUACUACCACUGCUGCUGCUGCUCUUUUCGAAGCUUCAAUAACCCCCCCCGUGAUACUCUUAACGUAGAGAUCGGUAUUGUUAGCAAAAGAGAGGAACGAAAGAGUUGGCAAUAUGGAUGCAAUACAGCGAAAACUCACCGCCUUCAUCCUCGACCCGGUGAACCAUGACCUCCUCGCCAUCUUAAAGGGCACCCGCAACGGGCUGGUAUAUGGAACUAAAGUCCGAUUCCCUCAUGCUCUCGUAAUGACCUUUCUCUUCCGCUCCGGAACCUUCCGCGAAAAACUCAGCCAAACCUUCCUGGCGACAAAAACCCACGCCAAAAACCUCGCCACCUUCGUGACAAUCUACAAGACCGUCAUGCUCCUCCUCCGCCGACUGUCGUCCGCCGGGAAGGAGCGCUCUAGUGAUUCCUUCUUCGCUGGCCUGCUAGGUGGCUACCUGGUCUUCGGCCGGGGCGACCAAGGCACUGUCAACCAGCAGAUUGUAAUAUACGUGUUCGCCCGGGUGGCGCUCGCACUGGCAAAGUUGAGCGUUGAGAAAGGUGUUAUCAAGGACCCCCAAGGGAAGGUCAGAGGGAAUUCCUGGGGAGUUUUCGCCGCGGAGGGCAGUUUGCAGGGGAGUUUGAGGAGUAGUAUGGAGUAUUUGUACAUCGAUUCUGGGCGGUGGGAUUCGCUGCGGAAUUUUCUUAUCCACAACACUUAGAUGCGUAUAUAGGUCUUGGUGGGGGUUGAUGGAGUAACCCCAUCGUGGUAUGUUAGGUUAGGGCGCACUUGUGAGUGUGAGCAGGACUAUUGACCAGACUGCAUGAUGGUGACUGGUAUUGUGUGAACCCACGAGCGGGUCACCACAAAACUGUAUAUAGUCUGAGCUAAGACGCUUGCAUGCCUUAUGGGAACACACACUUACACUCUUCAGUGAA